GCCAUCGCUGAGUCAACUUUGCAUUAGUGACUCGAAUUGCAGAACGGUUUCUUGGCAAAUGAAAACAUUGUGGAUAUAGUCUGUACAGUUGCUAAAGUAAUAUGGCGAGAACAGUCGGUGUUCGAUCCCCGACGACAGACGGACUUGGUUCUGCGAGGGACAAGAGCCUCGUAUGGCGAGGUCUAAACGAGAAUGCAGUCGAAGAACGGCCUGGCAACUUAUCGGGAACCGUUAGAGACCACGCCUUGUCAGGGAAGCCGAGAAACUUUGCCCGAAUUUCCGGAAAUCCUAGCCACACUUCAGGAAAACCGAGAAGCUAUACCCUCACGCCAUGGGAGUCGAGUCAUUUGAGCUCCAUGCCAGGAAAGUCGAAACAUUCUACCAAAAGUGUGAAAUGCUAUACAUGUGGGAAGUUGGUAGAAGAUAUACACUUUAAAGAGCAUUUAUUCUUCGGUGAGAGUGAGUGCACUCGGUGCCAUUGGAAGAUAUCCAGCUGUGAAGCCUUUAGAGUCAAUUGGAUAGUUCAGAGGAUAGGUAGUGCAACAUGUCCACACACUCUGACAUAUUGUAUGACACCUUCAGAAUAUAUUUCAAACAGGUUGUCAGAAGAAUCACCCCAUGGAUUGGUCACCAGUAGACUGACUUCAUAUAUUUGCUCUCUAAAAAAAUUGAAAGUAUCUAAACCAUGGAAAAAUGCAAUUGAUCAGUGUUUAAAGUUUCUGGAUGGAGAAACCUCUCAUAAUGCAACCCAGUUACAGAAAGGCCCUGAGACAAAACCAAAACCUGCAAAAAGAUCCAAAUCCAAGACACAUUUUACCAGAGUAAAAGGAGGUGCUAAGAAAAGGAUCAUAAGGACCCCAUCAAAUGGGUAUUACCUCAUUGCCCGCCAUGCAAUUGAGGAAUGUCCCAUGUGUUACACUGAACUUUGUCCUUCAAGAUUUACUAUGAACAUAAGUUCUUGCUUCCUUUCUACAGUGUGUGUUGAAUGUGAUUUGACUGUUUACAUAAUUUUUGAUCCUCCUGACGGCUCUACUCCGAAGAUUUCCAUAGAGACAGAACAUGGCCUUCCUGAGAAACAAAAGAACUGUACAACAAAGAUGAAAAAUAAGCCAGGGGUGAAAGAGGAUAAUGCUAUGCCAUGAGGUAAUAUUGCUAUCUUAAUCUGAUUUGUAUUUGACAUCUAUACAUAUUUUUAUACAUUAGCCUGAUAAGCUAUUAAAAAUGCAAAGCACAGUUUAGUUUGGCUCAGUACCUUUGCAAAUUUAUCAUAAUUUUGACGAAAGUGUGCUAUU